AUGCGCCUUCUUGCUUUCCUCAGCCUUGCUGCCGGCCUGGUCACCGCACGCCCGGCCACCUGCAGCGAAGAGCUCCCAGCCGCCUCGAGCGACUGCCCAACCCUCUGCAUCGACGGCAUCAACGACUGCAACGAACCCUGGGGCGGAUGCUUUAACGUCUGCAAACCGGAAGAAAGCCCAACCAUGCCUCCCUGCUCCGAGCCCACGCCCACCUUGAUGCCCAUCUACCACGACACCCCCACCCCCACCGCGCCACAGAGCGACGACUGCAGCACCCGCUCCGUCUGUGCCGACUAUGUGAACGAGUGCGGCAUCUGGUACGGCGGGUGCUUUGCUGACUGCACCCCCUGGCCGACCUUCACCAAGCGCCCUGCCCUCCGGGGCCUCCGGGGCCUGUGCCGCCGGUCGAUGACGACGAAGAGGGUGACCAUGACGAUGAGGACUGCGAGAGGACCAUCUGCGUUGACAAGGUCAAUGAGUGUGGGAUCAAGUAUGGUGGCUGUUACAGGGACUGCGCGCCGUAUCCGACCUUUGAGCCGCCCGCGUGCCCGUCCGAAGCGUAUGGCGAGCAGUAGAUGGUUUUGUUCGUGCCCAACGCGAGAGCUGUGGUUUCAUGGAUAGCUGUCGUUUCGCUGUAAGUAUUGGGGGUUCGUUCGUAUGUAAAUCCAGGUCUUGAGAGGACCCACGAGGGGUCUGACUGGUCUCGGCGUGAUGAAUGAUAAGAAGAGAGUCGACAGUG